UGGAAGUGGAGGCAAGGAGGAGGAUAUGGAACUGGCGGAGAGAGUGGAGAGGGUGGAGGACGUGGUAGUGGUGGAUAUGCACCUUGAAAAGAACUAUUACUUAAGCUGGUUAUCGGCCAACACCAAAAUCUUUGUGUUGACCACCAAUAAAAAUUAUAUUUUACUUUCUUAAUGAAUUAAAUAUACUAUUACAAUGAUUGAAGAAUGAAAAUCAGGAACCUACAUUAUCCGUUUGGUAAAUUUCCUUUGUUCUUGUUUCUAAAAUAUAUCUAUAUGUUGUAUUAAUAUGAUUUUAUA